UUUUUGUUUUGAAUCUAGUUUUCCCAUGAUUUCCAACAAAAAUGUGGCUAACGCCGUCGGUGGCAAGACGGCGAGGGCUUGUGAUAGCUGUAUAAAGAAAAGGGCACGGUGGUACUGUGCCGCCGAUGAUGCUUUUCUUUGUCAAGCAUGUGAUUCUUCUGUUCACUCGGCUAAUCCGUUAGCUCGUAGACAUGAAAGGGUUCUGUUGAAAACAUCUUCGUUUAAAGCAACGAGUGUUGAACGGCACCGUCACGACAGCUCUCCGCCGUUGUGGCAUAAAGGGUUCACCAGAAAAGCCAGGACUCGGCGUCACACAAAGCCAAAAGACGAACGACCACGGAAUAAUCCAGUUCCUCUGGUGCCUGAAGUCGGUGCCGACGAGGUGUCCCAUGAAGAGAACGAAGAAGAGCAGCUGCUUUAUAGGGUGCCGAUAUACGAUCCAUUUGUUGCGGAACUCUGUACUUCUACUGCAUCCAAUGAAGCGGCGGCGUGUGCUGUGGUAAACGACGCCGAAGCAGGAGAUGUGGCUGGCAGAGAAGCCAAGAUAUUUAUGGGUACAGGAUGCAGCAAGGAUUCCGAGGGUUUACAUGGAUUUUUUCCUUCGGAUACAGAUAUUGCGGAGUUUGCUGCUGAUGUUGAGAGCUUACUUGGUAAGGGUCUGGAAAACGAGUCGUUUGGAAUGGAAGAGUUGGGUUUGAUUGACUCCAAAGAGAAGGAGCGUUGCUUAGGGAGUACUGGUAAAUUAGUGAAGGUUGAAGAGGAAGAGGGUGUUGAAGCCGAUGAUGCUGAGGCCGAUAUGGCGAGAGAGUCUUUUGAGCUGAAUUUUGAUUACGAGUCUCCGGAAACAUGUGGAGAGGAAGAUGGGGAUCAGUUGGUGAAGGAAGAGAUGACUACGAAGAGCACUGAAGAGGAGAGUUCGAAACAGAAGGAGACACAGAUACUGCUUAGGUUGGAUUAUGAAGCGGUGAUUACUGCCUGGGCUAGCCAAGGAUCUCCGUGGACCACCGGCGAUCGGCCCGAUUUUGAUCUUGAUGAGUGUUUGCCUGACUGCAAGGGUGGAGGUGGAACAGAAGUUCACCAUCCAUAUGGUGAUUUGGUGGGGAUUGGAGCUCAUGUUGCAGCAAUGGGAGAUGGAGGAAGGGAGGCAAGGGUAUCAAGGUACAGAGAAAAGCGGAGGACAAGGUUCUUCUCGAAGAAAAUAAGGUACGAGGUUCGGAAACUUAAUGCGGAGAAGAGGCCUAGGAUGAAAGGGAGAUUCGUGAAGAGGGCUUCAUUUACAGCACCUGCGUUUCCUUUGCUAAACAAAUAGCUGCGCUAAUUAAGCAUGCACUACCAUGCCAUCUGUAUUUUGUACAGUCAAAUAUGGGCCUCUCAAUGUGAAUUAAUUACUGGUCAGUAGGUCUUUGAUGUCUUAGCAUCAAUAUUCAAAUAUUAAAUAAAAUGCUAAGAUUUUC